AUGAUAAAAGAGGUCGGGGUGGAAUCUUCUUCCAUAUCAAUCUCCUCUUCAACUGCUCUUCUUACGGAGGAUUCACGUAAUUUUCCUAAAAAUAGCUCGCAGUGGACUCUCAAUUUCAAAUGCAAACAACGGCAAUACCAUGGGGUGCUUUGGACUAUACAAUUUAUCAAACCGCUUUUCGAUGCGGCGUUGGAGCGUGCAGGGAAAGGAUUUUCUCUGCCAUGGAUUGGAGUGAAUGCCUCUACAGAAGCUGAAAGGCCACCCAUUAGCGAGGUUUACGCGGAGAAGUAUGAGAAAGUUUCUAUUUCUGAGUGGAAUGAAGCAUUGUGGAGGAAGUUGGAGGAAGCAGCGCGAAUGCUUGAGGGCGCGCCGCGAACUCUCCAGGACUUAGGCCCCAUCUCGGCACAUCACCUGAAUGCGCUUGGAUCCGUUAUGUUCGUUGACACCGUUGCAGGGUUGCUUUCAAGCGUUCUUUUUUGGUCCUAUUGUCUUCCGAAAUCCCAGAUCGCGUGGGGAAACAUCUUUCCAGUGCCGUCUGAGAUAUGUCGUAAGCUGUGGCCUGAUGAAAUGUGCUCCCGCUACGUCGAUGAUCUUCGGAAAAACCGCGCGAAGCGAGUAAGAUACUACCGCGAUCUCUCCAAAGAAGGCCACCUUUGUGAGGCUGGACUCCAUUCGCUUCAUGUUUUUGCUGGAAAUGAGUUUUCUUCUUCCGAAAAAGGGUUUGAUACCGACGCCGGAAAAGCGGCAGCGGCUAAGUGGCGUGCACGGAUUGACGCCUACACCCUCUUUCUACCCGAUCGCACGCGCUAUCAUGAGUUGGAGAACUUACCGCAGGAGUUGGCUAUUGGUGAACUAGUAGUGGAUUGCGUGAGCAAAAUACGAAACGCCGGUAGUUUCGAUUUCAAGGAAGAUUCUUCGGAUGCGCGAGAGUCAUCGACAAGGGUGUUUCAGACCGAAUGCGUCGUUGAUGUAGGUGGUGGGAAUGGCUUUUUAGCAGCGCAGAUGGCGGAAAUUCUAGGUUGCCGCGGCCUCGUUGUCGAUCCUUUGUAUCCUGCGCAUUCAGUGGAUUGUUGCCCGCGCUUUUGGCCGGAUACGACAGAUCGCGUUCGCCCUCCCACCCUCCGAACGCAGCCUUUGAAUCGUCGUCUCGUCCUUUUUCGGGAUACGCAAUGGGCGCGGGAUAUCGAGGUCGACCCCGCGCGCUGCGUUUUCAUCGCAAAGCACCUCUGCGGAACCGCCGUUGAUGAAUGCCUGCGUCAUCUUCAGCGGCAGGGCUGCUUUCCUCGGAUUCUCAUUUUAGUGCCCUGCUGCUUUAACAAAGGGGUUCUGGCGGAUUAUAUCAACCCUGGCUUCCUAGCAGACGUGCUAAACAUCCACAAUGCGGAGUCUUUUGAUCACCUAACACGUCUCACAGACUGGAAUGAAUCCAUUCAUCAGCGUGAGGAGGCCAAGGAGACUUCGUCUGGAAAAGGUGUGCGGGGUGGUCGCCGUGGUGGAAAGAAAUCAGUUAAGCAGCUUAUUCCCUUUACGGGAGUGCUGGCGAAUUCGGUGGAGGCCCUACUCAACCAAGGGAGAAUGUUAUGGUUGCAGGAACACGGAUAUCAAACCUCUUUGGUGGAGUACGUGCCGAGCAUCGUAACGCCGAAAAACAAGUGUAUCAUUGCCUAUCGUGUAUGA